AUGGCCUCGCUGUUGCGGCAGAUUGUCGCUGGGCCAAGGGCGAGACAUCCCGAGGCAGGGCUUGACUUGUGCUAUGUCACGGAUUUUAUAAUAGCUACCUCUGGCCCUUCUCAAACAUACCCGCAGCUAGCAUACCGCAAUCCCCUCGACCAACUCACCACGUUUCUGGACUCCAAACACGGCGACAACUGGGCGAUAUGGGAGUUUCGCGCCGAGGGCACAGGAUACCCCGACGAUGCAGUCUACGGGAGGGUACGCCAUUACCCGUGGCCGGAUCAUCACCCCCCGCCGUUUAGGCUCGUGCCUAUGAUUAUGGCAAGCAUGAGGAACUGGUUACAUGGGGGGGACUUAGAUUUCCAGCCUUUAUCGCCUACUCACUCUGCUGGUGAGAAGAGCAAGUCAUCUUCCAAGCAUGACAAGAGGGUGGUUGUAGUGCAUUGCAAGGCGGGAAAGGGUAGAUCGGGGACCAUAUCAUGCAGCUAUCUCAUCUCCGAGGAAGGAUGGACGGUAAAAGACGCGCUCACGCGGUUCACCGAGCGGCGGAUGAGGCCGAAAUUCGGGCCUGGUGUCUCGAUACCUUCUCAGCUUCGGUGGGUGAGCUACGUGGACCGAUGGACGCAGCAUGGUAAGAAGUACACCGACAGACCGAUUGAGAUUGUGGAAAUUCAUGUAUGGGGACUACGAAGCGGUGUCAAGGUCGAUGUGGAGGGCUUCAUAGAGGACGGCAAGAAGAUUCGCGUCUUCCACACGUUUACCAAGAAAGAGCGGGUGGUUGUGGAAGCUGGGGUGCCGCCGGAGAGCGGAAUAAGCGACAUGUUCUGGGACCUAGCGGGCUAUUCUGCCUCAGGAGCCGGAUCAAAGGAUAAAGUGCCGUCGGAGGUGGAACUAGCGGACGAGACGAACGUCGCUGGGGAGGCGAGCGGCUCAGAGCGCGAGAGCAGACCAUCGAGCGAAAAGAAGAGACAUAAGCUUGUGAAUAAGGGUACGGGACUGAUUCAACGGGUUCAGACGGGGGUAGGAAAUGGCAUUGACAAAGCGAGGGCCAAGACGGGUGGGAGUAGCAACACGCUCGCAUCGGAGAGCACAUCCCUCACACAAGGCUCAGAUGAGACAGAGCCGGGUGGUUUGGCGGUCAUUUUCCAGCCGAGUGAGCCGAUUCGCAUUCCGAACAGCGAUGUGAAUAUCGCGGUGGAGAGGCGGAACAAGACGUCUAAGAAUUUGGGUCUGACAAUGGUGUCGGCCGUGGCGCACGUAUGGUUCAAUGCCUUCUUUGAGGGUCAAGGCGCUGAGCAGGAUGGAAAGGCGAGCGAUAGUGGUGUCUUUACGAUAGAUUGGGAGGCCAUGGAUGAUGAGCGUCUGUGGAGGGUUGCCGGCGGUGAUGGCGACGAGAAGGGCGAGGAGAUUGUUGAGCCGGGUGAGGGGGAGCCAGUUCCGCAGGUUGCGGCGGCGGAUUGGAAGGGGAGUAGCACGGAAGGUGGGAAGAGUGAGAAGGAUUUGGGGUUGAGGGUGCAGACGCAGGCGAGUGCGGAUGUGAGUAGGGCGAGUAGUUUGAAGAGUGUGGCGCGGGAGAAUGAUGGUGAUGAGAGUGCGGGUGGGAAUGAUGUUGAUUUGGAGGGGGUGAGAUCGACGGGACCGGAGGGGGAGGAGCUGGCUAUGGAGAAGGAUGAGGAUGCAAAGAAGUAG